AUGAGCUCCAAAAAGCCAAAUUUUCCAUUUGUCAAGAUCCAAGGCCAGGAGGAGAUGAAGCUCGCACUUCUAUUGAACGUCGUCGACCCCAACAUCGGCGGUGUCCUUAUUAUGGGCGAUCGGGGCACUGGCAAAUCCGUAGCGGUUCGCGCCCUCGUGGAUCUUCUUCCUCUCAUUUCGGUGGUGGAGGGUGAUCCCUUCAACUCCUCCCCCACUGAUCCCAAGGUUAUGGGUCCCGACGUCCUGGAUCGCUGGCAACGUGGCGAGAAGCUGCCCACGACCCAGAUUCGUACGCCUCUGGUAGAACUGCCUCUGGGCGCCACGGAAGACCGCAUCUGCGGCACCAUCGACAUUGAGAAGGCACUUACACAAGGCGUCAAGGCCUAUGAGCCAGGCCUGCUGGCCAAGGCCAACCGUGGCAUCCUGUAUGUGGAUGAGGUCAACCUCCUGGACGACGGGCUGGUGGAUGUGGUGCUCGACUCUUCCGCCAGUGGGCUUAACACGGUGGAGCGCGAGGGUGUCUCCAUCGUUCACCCCGCCAAGUUCAUCAUGAUUGGCUCGGGCAACCCGGCGGAGGGUGAGCUGCGGCCGCAGCUGCUUGACCGCUUCGGUAUGAGUGUCAACGUGAGCACACUGAUGGACACCAAGCAGCGUACACAGAUGGUGCUGGACAGGAUCGCGUAUGAGACCGAUCCGGACGCCUUCGUGGCGAGCUGCCGCUCUGAGCAGGACCAGCUCACAGACAAGCUGCAGGCGGCCCGAGACCGGCUCAAGCAGGUCAAGAUCAGCAACGAGCUUCAGAUCCUCAUUUCAGACAUCUGUUCGCGCCUGGACGUGGAUGGACUGCGUGGCGACAUUGUGAUCAACCGGGCAGCCAAGGCGCUGGUGGCGUUCGAGGGUCGCGCCGAGGUCAAGUUGGAGGACAUUGAGCGGGUCAUCUCCUCGUGCCUCAACCACAGGUUACGGAAGGAUCCUCUUGACCCCAUCGAUAAUGGCACUAAGGUCAAGGUGUUGUUCAAGCGCCUGACCGACCCUGAGGUGCAGCGGCGGGAGGCGGAGGCGCAGAAGGCCAAGGAAGAGGCUGCCAAGAAGGCCAAGGAGAGCGGGGCAGCAGCGGGAGCUAACCGGCCGGCAGGAGCCAAGGCGGGCGCGUGGUCGGGCAUUGGCCUGCCGUCGCGGCGAUGAACGCGAUUGCAUGCAGAUUGCCGAAAAGGUGGGAGACGAUUCACUGGUUUUGGAGAAUUUUCAGGGGUUUGGCGGAAACUGGUGGUACGGAUGCAACUCAAAUGGGAGUUUUGGGUUGGGGGUCGAGCCGCUGCAAACGUGCCUAGCUAACGGAAGUGAAGUGUCCAGCAGACGUAUACGGUGGGGCGGUCACGUUGGUAUGCUAGUUGGCCCAUGCUGCAACGGUGAGCGUUUGCGUUAGGACAUGCUCGUGGAGGUUUUAAGCCGGGGCGGAGGCUUCAGUAGGAGUUAUUCAGUGGGAAUGAUGAAAUAGUUUUAGGGUGUUAAGCUUUCCUGGCAGGGAGGAUAAAUGUUGUGUUAUCUCAGGUUUACCCGGACUAUGAACUUGUUAUUAUGCCAUUUUGGGCGGUUUUCCGCACGGCACGAAAGGCAGACCAAGUCCGACACGUCGUCUAACCCGCAACUUGUAAACGGAUUGCUUUCUG